AUGCGUUCUGCUCUUGGCGUGGCCUUGGGCCUCCUAUCUUUGUCAAUUUCGGCAUCAGCUCAGACAUAUACCAGCUGCAAUCCGCUCCAGAACAAUCCUGCGCUUGGAAAGGCCGACCAGGUCUUCGAUUUCACCAAGGGUUCCCCCUCAGCCUUUAAAGCGACUGGCAGCGUCAGCUACGAUGGCACCAACGGAGCGACUUUCACGAUUGCCAAGCAGGGUGACGGCCCCCUGAUCCAGUCGAAUUGGUACAUCAUGUUCGGCAAGGUGGAAUACACGAUUAAAGCGGCCUCUGGGACUGGAAUUGUGAGCAGUGCUGUGCUUCAGUCUGAUGAUCUGGAUGAGAUUGAUUGGGAAUGGCUUGGAGGCGACAACAACAAGGUGCAGACCAACUACUUCGGCAAAGGAGACACCAGCACGUACAAUCGGGGUGCCUUCAGUGACAAUCCAGGGAACCAUGAUGAGUUCCAUACAUACUCAGUGGAUUGGACCAGCAAUCAAAUUGUCUGGGCUAUAGAUGGACAGACUGUUCGAGUCCUCACACCUUCCACUGCAGACCCUGGCCAGUACCCGCAAACGCCUAUGAUGAUCAAGGUCGGUAUUUGGGCUGGUGGUGAUCCCAGCAACCCCCAGGGUACCAUUGACUGGGCUGGCGGCGUGACCGACUACAGCCAAGGUCCUUUCCAGAUGUACAUGAAGUCGAUGACCGUCACUGAUUAUUCGACGGGCACUUCAUAUAGCUAUGGUGACAAGACCGGUAAUUGGCAGUCGAUCAUAGCAGCCGGUGGCAAAGUCAAUGGUAACAGUGGUGAGGAGCCCACCUCUACGGAAUCGGCCCCCGCGAUCACUGCCACUGUGGAUAUUCCCGUCCCUUGGAGUGGAACCCACAAGGAGACUGCAUCAUGGGUCACUCCUGACACCUGGCCAUGGGUUCCCACGGACGGCCCCUCCAGCUCUACAAGUUCAACCGGUCUACCGGCAGGCUGGGAAUCAGGCUCUCGUUCCCUUCAACCUCCAGGCGGCGCUUUUUUGAGUGAGACUUCCCCCGAACACAACUUGCCCUAUAUUUCCCCCUCUUCGUCACUACCCUUGGCUUUUUCCUCGGAUGUCUCUUCCCCUUCUGGUCGUGAGACCACUUCCUGGAAGAAUGUGACCCGACAUGCAACCACCAAGACUAGAACCAGGUUCCAACACCACAAGACGGGUAUCCAGGCGCCGGCUGGGCCUACCGCGACCACCAAUUUUCAUUCAAAACCUACUGCAUCUCACGCUGGUUGCAACUCUGUGCUGAGGAACCCGUCCAACAUCGGGUGGACUUUCUAUGCAUUUUUCAGUGGUGUUUUUCUUUUCCUUUAA